AUGGUUGAAACUGCAGCAUCGGAAGCUAUUGUGAACAAGGAGUUUAGAAAAGUGUAUGUAAGAGGAAGGUGUGUGGAUUUCUCUCCUGAAAUCAUAAAUAGGUUUUUGGGCAGAAGUGAAGAAAAACAAGCUGAAGUGGAAGUUUCUAACAAUGUCAUUUGCAGAGAGAUUACUGCUAAACAAGUGAAGGAAUGGCCAAGGAAAGGGAAGUUGUCAGCAAGUUACUUGAGUGUGAAGUAUGCAGUACUUCACAGAAUUGGAGCUGCUAAUUGGGUGCCAACUAAUCACACUUCCAAAAUUGCUACUAGAUUGGGUAAAUUAAUUUGUAUUGUAGGGACCAAGAAAGAAUUUCACAUUGGAUCCUAUGUCUUUGAUCAAACAAUGAAGCAUGCCCCUUCCUUUGUUGUGAAGAUGCUAAUAACUUUUCCCUCAUUAAUUUGUGGUGUUAUACUGAGUCAACACCCAAGUAUUUUUCUCAGUUAUGAUAGUGUCUGCAAAAGAGAUCCCCCUCUGUCAUUAUAUUAUAGGCUUUUUACUAGGAAACAUGUUCCAGAUAUUGUCAUGACAUAUGGUCAGAAACCUUUCAGGUCUACUACUAGAGCAGGAAUCCUUGCUGACCUAAAAGAUACCUACAAAACCUUGGAUGAAACCAUCAAAGUUUGUAUUGAGAGGAAGAGUAGCCUUGAGAUCCUGAUCAAGGCCUUAUCUGAAGAAGAAGAAAAUUUGAAAGGUGAUGAAACAAGUGAAGAAGAUGCUAAUGGAAAAGGGAUUGAUGCAAGUGAUGAUAAAGAGACAACCAACAAUGAUGAGGAGUACAGUUUUCUGGUUCUUGUGUGUUUUGUUUGUGCUUCAAGUUGUUUCUUGCAGGUUAUGCCCUGA